AUGGAGGAACCAACAUAUGUGAUAGUUGGAGGUGGAAUAGCAGGUGUUUCAUGUGCAGAAAGCCUGUCCUUUUACUCUCCUGGAGAAAAGUGCUUAUUAAUAACUGCAUCUCCUGUGAUUAAAGCAGCAGCAAAUGUAACUGCACUCACCAAAACUUUAACAGAAUUUGAAGUUGAAGAAAGGGAUGUACACACUCUCAUAGAAACAUACCCUUCUAUCUCUGUGAUUGAAGACAUAGUUGUAGAUGUUGAUGCUGAAUCCCACAGAGUUCACACCAAGCAAGGACGCACUGUAGAAUACAAGAAGCUUUGCAUCUGUUCUGGGGGAUAUCCAAAACUAAUAGAUAAAAAUAAUCCUUAUGUGAUUGGUAUCAGGGACACAGAAUCAGUUGAACAGUUUGAAAAACGUGUAAAAAAUUCGAGACGAAUUUUAGUUGUAGGAAAUGGUGGCAUUGCAACUGAAAUAGUACAUGAAAUAAAAGGUCUAGAAAAAAUUUGGGUCAUAAGAGACAAUCAUAUAUCAGCUCCAUUUAUUGACCCGGGAGCUGCUGCAUUCUUUCAAGAAGAGAUAAACAAAAAGGGCAAAAAUAAUCAAGAAAAGUCAGUAGUGAAGAGGAUGAAGUACACAUUGUCAAAAAUGAAACUAACUGAUGAAAGGGGUGCAGCUUUAGGUCCAGACUGGCAUUUAAAUUUCAACAUAUCAGGAAGCCAGCUGGAGAACUCAAAAGUUACUGUAGAGUACAAUUGUGAAAUAAAGCAAAUUCUUACAGCAGAUGAGUAUCAUUUGAAGUACAAUUCAGAGGAAAGUGAUUGGCCAGUCUUUGCUGAACUGACAAAUGGAAUUAUCUAUGGCUGUGACUUCAUUGUAUCUGCGACUGGUGUGAUCCCAAAUACCUCUUUUGUGAAAGAUUUGAAAGACAUAGACUUUGCUUCUGACGGUGGCUUAAAGGUUGAUUGGAAAAUGGAAACAUCUGUUCCGGAUAUUUUUGCUGCUGGAGACGUUUGUACAGCAUCAUGGCCCCAUGCAUUUCACUGGUUUCAGAUGCGGCUCUGGACACAGGCUAGGCAAAUGGGAUCUUAUGCUGGAAAAUGUAUGGCAGCUUCAAUAACAAAUGAGGAAAUUAUGCAAGAUUUUUGUUUUGAACUAUUUUCUCAUGUGACAAAAUUCUUUGGCUAUAAAGUGAUUCUGUUGGGUCUUUUCAAUGGUCAGAAACUGAACAGUGAUUAUGAACUUUUGGUAAGAGUAACGAAAGGAAAUGAGUACAUAAAGUUGGUAAUAAAAGAUGGUAAGGUACACGGUGCAGUCUUGAUUGGUGAAACUGACUUGGAAGAAAUGUGUGAAAAUUUAAUACUUAAUCAGCUAGAUGUCAGUGUGUAUGGGGAGGAUCUUCUUAAUCCUGACAUUGACAUAGAAGACUACUUUGAUUAAACAACAGAAUUACAAGCUUUUGUUAAUUGUAUGCAACCUAGUUGUAUUUUUGCUGGUGUUACUUAUGUCUUUCAAAGCUAUUACUAUUGUGGCUUGAUAACUAUGUUACUGAUUCUGUUAAGGAAAUAAAUUUUUGAUUAGGUAUUCAGUAUGUUGGAAUUUAAUGAUAUCGUACCUGUGUUUGAGAGUUGAUGAGGCAAAAUUUUUUAUAGGAGCCGAUUAAGUUAUGUCAGAUGUAAUUUUAUUUCUGUGACAGUGAAAUUUGCUGGUCAUAAAAUUGUGUUUGAAUUUCAGUAUUUUUUCUAGCUCACUUUAAAUUACAUGCAAAUAAAUUAAAAAGUGACUGUGGCCUUAGAUUUGUUUAUUUUUUGACAAUCUGUGUUUGCGUAACAAAACAAUUUUAUUUCUACACCUGUACAUUAUCUGAAAUAUGUUUCAUGUUAUAAAUGUGUGUUGUGGUUAAUACUGUUCAUGCUUAUCUGAUGGACAGAACUAUGCUUGUGCUGCUGAUUUCUGUCCAUUUUUAUGAAACUUUUGUGACAUAUAAUAAUAUAUUGCACUGGAUCACUCAUUAA